AUGAGAGACCAUUUUCAUUUUUAACACGACUUUCCUGUAAAUUUGGGCAGUUCUUUAUUUGAAGGAAACGUAAGUUUUUGAACCACAUGCUGUAGAUUUGAAUGAGGUUGAUCGAGUCCUUACUAGAAGUCAACUCCAGCAGUCUUCCACCAUGUUUGGGACGUCCACAGCCUUCGGCGCCAGCUCGUCCGGUGUGUUCGGCCAGACCAACACGUCAGGAACGCACAACCCGAUGAAAGACAUCGAAGUCACCUCUCCACCGGAUGAUAGCAUCAGCUCCUUACGAUUCAGCCCAGCUUCGAUCCCAAACACAUUCCUCAUCGCUGGGUCAUGGGAUAACAAUGUUCGGUGCUGGGAGAUCCAGAGCAGUGGUCAGACUAUCCCUAAGGCUCAACAGACUCACACUGGUCCUGUCAUGGAUGUAGAUUGGCACGAUGAUGGCACGAAAGUAUUCACAGCUUCUUGUGACAACACAGCCAAGAUGUGGGAUCUCAACAGUAAUCAAGCCAUUCAAAUUGCACAGCAUGAUGGACCUAUCAAGUCCAUACGUUGGGUAAAAGCACCAAACUACUCCUGUGUCAUGACCGGCAGCUGGGAUAAAACCAUCAAGUUCUGGGAUACCCGACAACCGAACCCCAUCCUAAGCAUCCAGCUUCCAGAGAGGUGCUAUUGUGCUGAUGUGAUGUACCCGAUGGCCGUAGUGGGCACGGCUGACAAGAACGUCAUCAUCUACCAGCUAGAGAACCAGCCUUCAGAAUUCAGACGGAUGGAUUCACCACUCAAAUAUCAGCUGAGAUGCCUUGCCAUCUUCAAAGACACAAAGAAGAACGCACCAACAGGGUUUGCCUUGGGUAGCAUCGAGGGAAGAUGUGCAAUCCAGUUUGUGCAGGCAGCCAACCCAAAAGACAACUUUACCUUCAAAUGCCACAGGACCAAUGGAGCCUCAUACAACAGCCAAGAUAUCUAUGCAGUUAACUCAAUAGCAUUCCACCCAGAGUACGGCACACUAGCUACAUGUGGCUCAGACGGCAAGUUCAGUUUCUGGGACAAGGAUGCUAGGACAAAACUGAAGACGUCAGAACAGAUGGAACAGCCAAUCACAUGUGCCGCUUUUGAUGCCAAGGGUCAGAUAUUUGCAUACGCCGUCAGCUAUGAUUGGUCAAGGGGACACGAGUUCUACAACCCACAGAAGAAGAACUACAUCUUCCUGCGAGGAAACGCCACAGAGGAACUACGCCCAAGAAAUAGAAGGAGGUAGAGCGAAUACAUGAUAGCGGUCAUUAAUUAUAAGGGGCAGCAUGCUUAGAAUGAGAAUGUGACAGACUUGUUAUUAUUUGUCUAUGGAGCAAAAUGCUCAUGGACGUUAAAAAAAAAGAUGCAGUAGAAAAUACAUUGAAUGAAGUCUGGGAAGCAUUUUUUAUUUUUGUUGGUCUUUUAUAUUUGAGUUAGGCUGAGUUCUCAUGAAUUUUGUAAGCUUAUACAAAGACAAUCAAGUACAAACAAACUUUUGUUGGGACAUGAUUGUUGCAUAUGUUGAAAACCAAAAGGACUUGAACUCUAUGGCAGAAUUCACAAAGGAGGUCUGUCGACAAACCUACAUUUAUGUCCGUCAUAUGACACUUUUCAGGCCAAGGUUUGUUUGAAAUGCGUUGAAGCGCGUCAUGGGAUGCACGUAAACCUAGGUUUGUCGACAAACCUCCUUUGUGAAUUCGGGCAUUAGUGCACAAGAUACUGGUAGCUCACUAUGGUCUUGAGCAGAUGAUUCAUUUCAAAGUCCAAGGAUAAUGAAACACGAGAGAUGUAGACAAAAUGAAAAUUUUGUUUUUCUUUUCUUUUUUCGGGGGGGGGGGGGGGGGGUGGGUGUUUGUAGAUGCACAGACAUACAGGAAAACCUUUUUAUAAAGAAGUUCACAAGUUAUGGCCCCCUCAAUGUAAUGCAUACAUGAUAUUGCAUUGAGAUGUUCUAUUAAUGAGGCAGCAGAAUGUCUUUACCCUUUCAUCAUGUUGUUAUGAAUGACUUUAUUCACCCUGAUUAGAUCUCCCUGUUAAUAGCUUUGGUGAAAGUUGGUUAGAGUUUUAAAAAAAUCACAAGUUCAACUUACCUUUGAUUUGUAGCAUUUGUUUAAAAACAACCGUACAGAAAGCAACAUUACCCAUUUUGAAUAUGUCAAGUUCAGCAGCCACGGCAGGAUAUUAUUUUUCAUUUUGUUUUAAUUCUUCAAAGAGAGAGAUGAAGAAUGAUUAUUAGAGUUGUGUUUGUAAUGUUUCUUAGGCAUGUAAUGCCAAUUUCUAUGUCAGUUGAACAUGUAUAGAAAGGCCACUCAUUGUGGCCAGGUGCAUAGCUGCCAACCAUUCCUAUUUUGGAGGAACAAUUCCUAUUUUUUUUUUCAAGCUACUGUUUUGAACCCUAAAAGUAUUAUGACAGUUUCGAGAAACAGCCCCCAGAAUGGUAACAAAUGAUUGUGAACUGGCCAGAGUCUGCCCUUUAUCAGAGAACAGUGGUUUUACUUGCUAAAGCAGUUUUCUAAUCCAGGUCUCUACAAUAACACAUGCGCGGGACAAAUGGGUGCUCAAAAUCUAGGUCUGGACCCCCCCCCCCCCAAUUUCAAAAUGUUUACAUAAGGUACAUGUAUGUAGACUCUAAAAAUUAAAUCUGGACCAAAAAGGCUAGUCUAGAGCCCUGUCUAAUGCCUUGGUCACAAUAUGUUGUGUGUCUUUCCGUGAAGUCUAUCCUAGACCAGAUGCGAAGAGGUGCACAGCUCUUUGUAUCCAUGGUUUUAUUAAUCUAAAUGUUAAACAGUUGUGAAGUAAUUUGCAGUUCAUUCUGACUGUGGCCAAGGCUUAGCACUGCUAUCAUGCAUGUUCAUUCAUUUAUGAUAUUCAUAAGGUUAUUAUAAGACAGUUACAUAAUCAAUAAGUGCAUAUUUUGGUGCAAAGAUAUGACGGAGACUCAAUUAUUUUUGCAAGGUGCUUAUUUUUUGCUGUUAUCAACACAGGGUACUUUACCUUACACAUUCACCUAUGCAUUGCCCGCUUACUAUCCCCUUGUCUGAUAAUGCAUGUAUAAGGCGCAUUUCCAUUGGUGUUGUUUGAUUGCUUCUUAGUGCUAGUUCAGACAUGACAAAGUAAACUGCCGCAAAA